CGGUGUGGCUAUCACUCCUGUGUUUAUCAAGGGCUGGUAAGUAAGUCUUAACAAGGGGUGUAUGUCAGGCACCAGUGUACCGUGGUGGGGCAGAAUAACCGUAAACACCAAUACGAAGGAAGUGAAUACUUACUGGCGAAAUUUAUAUAUAGUAGUCAGCAGCGGUUUUUCCUGGCGUGCUGUACAGAGCAAAACGAGGUUCAGUAUCAUGGAAACGAAACAAGUUAACGAAGACGCUGUGGUCGUGCAGGGAACGAGAGCCACAGAUAUCACGGAAAGCUGUGGAAAACGCAAAGGACAAGACACCGACGAACAAGUGAAUAGUCGAAAGAAGCGAAAGAGUAACGGAAAACAACUAAAACAUGGGGAGAGAUAUGUUCCCCCUCCGCAAAAACGCAACCCAGGUGUGAGUUUCAACCAAGAACAUUUUGCAGAAACGUCAUACUAUUUUGAAGGAGGCCUUCGCAAAGUAUAUCCUUAUUAUUUUGAUUUUAAAACCUACUGCAAGGGGCGUUGGAUUGGUAGAACUCUGUUUGAAGUUUUUACUACUGAAUUUCGUGCUGAACCACUGGACUACUAUAAGAAAGCAGUUAAAGUGGGACGUAUUCGAUUGAAUGAAAUACCCGUGAAUGACUUAAAUAUAACACUUAAGAACAAUGACUUCAUGAGGAACACAGUGCACCGGCAUGAGCCACCUGUGAGUGGUCGGCCACUGGAGGUUUUGGUGGAUGAUGGUAAAGUGGUAGUGGUGGACAAGCCCGCGUCACUGCCUGUCCAUCCCUGCGGGCGAUACCGUCACAACACGGUCAUCUUUAUCCUGGGAAAAGAGAGAGGUCUCUGCGGGCUUCACACCGUGCAUCGUCUGGAUCGCCUCACUUCAGGUGUCCUCUUGUUUGCCCGCACUUUGGAGGUAUCAAAGAAACUGGACCAGAUGGUCCGUGAUCGACAGUUGGAGAAAGAAUACGUUUGCCGUGUGGAGGGAGAGUUCCUAGAUGGUGAGGUGGUGUGCAAGGAGCCCAUUCUAGUUGUGUCCUUCAAGGUGGGUCUCUGCAGGGUGCAUCCCAAAGGCAAAGAGUGUUGCACAGUAUUCCAAAAGCUCAGCUACAAUGGGCGCUCUAGUGUGGUCCGCUGUCUCCCACUCACGGGGCGCACUCACCAGAUCCGUGUCCAUCUCCAAUUCCUGGGCUUCCCCAUCCUUAAUGACCCGAUUUAUGGGUCUUCUGCAUGGGGCCCGGACAGGGGCAAGGGAGGCCUGCUGGGUAUGAGUGAUGAGGAGCUCCUGGAGGGCCUCCUACAGGAGCACCGAUCAAAGGAGAGUUUGCAUCUUUUGGAUCUUUCAGAUGAAGUGAUAGUAGAAAAGAGUGUUGUAGGUAGUGGUGACUCGGUUAACAAUGAAAUGCAGGUCAAGGCUGAAUCUUUAACUGGUGAGUGUGAAGGUUUAUGUACCCUGCCCGUAAUUUCACUUUCAACAGGGGAGCCUAAACCAAACAGCAGCAUCUCUUCAAAUUGUAAGGAACUAGAAAUGAAGAGUGUUCAGAUAGAAAAGAGUGAUUCUCACGCUGAGGAGUCAUCCAGAAGUGCAAAUUGUACCAUGGUUGUUAGAGAUCAUUUGUGUGGGGAGUGCAAAAUUGUUCGGCCUGACCCUACAGAGAAGGAACUUGUCAUGUACCUGCACGCAUUGCGCUACAAGGGGCCUGACUUUGAAUACUCAACACGAUUGCCCGACUGGGCUGAUGAAAACUGGGUCCAGGACUGAAAUCCUCUUGAUAUCACUUCAGAACUUUAUAAAUAUUUACACACUCGAAAUCAUAAAAGAAUAAAAAGAGUGUUUUCUUUU